CCGGAAGAGACUGUCGCACAGAUCAGUUAGAGUUAAAAGGUUAGCAAAGUUGGGUAACGUCACGUAAAGCUUGUCCCUAUAAUCUAAAUAAUGUCAUCUGUAGAAGAAAAUACAGAGAGGACUGUUCCAUGCGUGCUUAUCACUAGCUGUGACAGUGGUUUUAAAGAAGAAGAGCUGAUAAAACAGAUCCUCAGUUCGAAGUCUUUGCCCGAGCCGACCAGGCGAGAAGAAACAGUAAUCUGGUAUCCAUGGACAAUCAACAAUAAAUAUUAUACAGCAGAUGUCAGGCUAUGUGUUGUUCCAGACAUUUUUCAAAUGACAUCAGAAAUCGCCCAGUCCUUGCAGGCUUUCAUCGCUUAUUUUGACAGUACAGUGAAGGAUGGUCUGGAAAAGCUACAUCCUUGGAUAUCAGUGGUGGAGGAGCUUGCUCCAGAGGUGCUCAUUCUGGUGUGUGACAAAGUCUGUGAAAAUGGGGUCACCAGACAUGAAGCACAGCAGUGGUGUUUGGCCCAUGCCUUUGAGCUGGUGGAACUCAAUCCACAGGAGCUGCCAGAUGAGGAUGAUGACUUUCCAGAAUCAACAGGUGUAAAGAGAAUUGUCCAGGCUCUCGAUGCCAAUGUGUGGUCCAGUGUUGAGAUGAAGGAUGGGCACAAUCAGGGCUUAGGUCUGAUGAGCAGCUUGGUGGCCUCCAGACACAACAACCCACGAAACAGCCAAAAUCAACCAUCUUCCAGCUUGCCAGUAGAGGGCACACUUGUUCAUGAGGAGACAAACCAUACAGAAAGUAGCACAAACCGAGACUCACAGGAGGACACAGUAGUUGAUGCAAUGACUGAUUUGGACAUUCAAGAACUCGCUAAUCUGACAGCCGGUGAUGCAGAUGUGGAUAACUUUGAACGCCUUUUCACCAAAUUAAAAGAAAUGAAAGAUAAAGCUUCUUCAUUACCUCAUGAGCAGAGGAAGGCUCACGCAGAGAAGGUUGCAAAAGCAUUUUGGAUGGCCAUUGGUGGUGAUGAAGAUGAGAUUGACGGGUUAUCAUCGGGAGAGGAAAGCUAAAGGUUGCUAGCUGUGACUCUGUCUCCUUUCUCCUGAUCUUCCUCCUUUCCUUGGGCUGUUUGAUCCGUGGCUCUCUGAUCCAGCACCCUUCGACCUGGUUCUUGCACUUGGAAAGCGGGAUGCUUACAGAUGAUGCUGUAGACAUAGUUAUGUUUACAAAGGUCUGAUUCUUGAAAAUAUUGAAAUACUGGUGUAUAGUAAGAAACAGCUGGAAAUCUUUAUUAUGGAGAGAAGAAAGCCAGUGAGUGGCCCUGAUCUUCAGUCUUCUCCCCUGGGUCCCUCACUAUGCUUAAUCCCUGUGUGAAACUCACGUCAAGGAGUUGCAGGCGGAAAAACUGAAAGUUAUAUUAUGUGGGGUUUAAUUUAUGUAUUAGUCCUUAAGGUACAGUUGUCCAGAUAUUUUCAAGUGACAAAAUGUGCCUUAAUUGUAGAAGAGAUGUAAGAGAUUUAAUGCACAUUCUUGAAUCAACAUAAAGGUUUGUGAUUUUAA